GUGGUCACGUGACUUGUAGUAUAGAGCAGAUGCGUCGUUCCUGCUUUGAUUCAACGAUCCUCGAGGCUUUAGUGGGUGGUGGAUCUUACAGUGCUCGUGUGGAUCUGAUCGUCUGAAUAACGCAGUAGAACAUCAUGGACGACAGAGGCUACGGUUCCGGCUACUCCAGUUGGGGAGGUGGAGGAUCAGGCAACAGAGGUUCUGGUGGCUUUGACCUCUAUGGGGGAAGUUACAAGGACUCGAUGUCUGGGCUUGGGGGCUAUGGUGGCGGAGGGGGAGGCCCUAUGAAGAGAGGUCUGUCUGGAGCAUCACUGCUUUCAUCCACAGGCACACAUGCAGAUGCAGUCAUUGCCAAGAUUAACCAACGGCUGGAUAUGCUGACUCAGUUGGAGGGGGGGUUGAAAGGAGCUCGAGGUGACAGGUUUGACCAGUACGAGUCAUUCGACUCGCGCUCCUCUGCUUUCACCUCCUCCCGAGAUCUCUACAGAUCUGGCGGCAGUAGCUAUGGUUAUGGCGAUGGCCGUGGGGACAACCUGCUGUUGGGUCAGCGAGGAGGCUCGGGCUUCGGAGGGGGAAUUGGGCUAGGAGUUGGAGGCGGCUUUGAUAGUCCCUCCUCUUCCUAUGGAGUCGCUAAAAUGCGACAGAAUAUGAGGGAGUCCUUCACCAGUGGCCAGGGAGGAGGUUCUGGAGGUGGAGGAUGGGCUGGAGCUGGCCGACGUUCCCCCAGAAGGGGUGGAAGUGCUGGGAUGCGAGGAGCUGGAGGAGGGUUUGGAAGCCGCAAGCCUGACCCCAUUCCAUUAGGCGGAAGUGGGAGGGGAGGUGGUAGUGGUGGCCAGUCCCACCGUGGCCACUCUCCAGGAGGUGGUAGAGGCAAGCUCCCAUCCCUCCUGUCCACCCGCAUGUACCCUGAGAGUGGGGGCUUCCACCAGGGUUCCACACAAGGGCCUCACGACUUUCCUGGGAGGCAUUUUGGCGGGGGCCCACGUGCUGGCUGCCAGCGAGGCCGCAAGAGACCCCUCAACAAACAGGUGAAGCCCCAGAGAGAUGUUCAGAAGAAGAGAAAACAGACACUUACUGCAGCCGAUGAGCCAGAGUCAAAGAUGAACAGGAGAGACAGUGCAGACACAGAGACUACCCAAGAGCAACCUGAAAACAAUGGUGAUGACAGUGAAUCAAAGACUGUAGCUGCGGAUGCAACACCUACUGAAGAUGGAGAAAAGUGUUCACCUAAACAGGAGGAGAAGAAGCAGCUACAGGGCAAACAACCUGCACCCCAAGGCCAGGACAAGCACCCCAAAAUGAGAAAGAGAAGGGGCUUCCUGGAAAGGGUCAUGUUUGCUUGCUCUGUGUGCAAGUUCCGUUCAUUUUACAAGGAAGAAAUGGAAGUUCAUCUUGAUAGUCGUUUCCACAAGGAUCAUUUUAAGUUCCUGUCUAACCAGCUAUCCAAGCCUACUACAGACUUCCUACAGGAGUACUUGCAAAACAAGUUUAAAAAGACAGAGCAGCGGGUCAGUCUGUUGGAAAACCACAGUGCUGCCAUCUGCCAGGUAUACAAGGAGCAAGAUCUCACCAGAGAUCUUGGUAUGGAGCACUUCAUGAGGAAGGUAGAAGCUGCUCACUGUGCAGCAUGUGACCUCUUCAUUCCCAUGCAACCCCACCUGAUACAGAAACACAUCAAAUCUCAUGACCACAACUACAACCGCAAGGGAAUGAUGGAGCAAUCAAAGAGGGCCAGUCUGUCAGUUGCUCGAAGCAUUCUUAACCACAAACUCAUUGGAAAGAAGCUGGAGAGUUACCUCAAGGGUGAAAACCCAUUCACUGGUAACCCAGAUGACCAGGAUCCAGAGGAUUCCGUGGUGAUGGAUGUUUCAGAGAUGGAGUUGACCAGCGGGACUGCAGACAGCCAAGCAGAGGCAGCACCAGUUGAGGAUGAGUUGGUGGCAGAGGGGGAAACGAGCCAAGAGGCAGCUGAGAGUGAAGAACCGGCAGUAAAAGAGGAAAAAGUAGAGGUGCUAAAAAUGGAGGAAGAGGAGGCUCAGGAGAACCCAGAAGAUGACGAAGGUUUUGAAGUAGGAGAGGAGGAAGAGGAAUAUGUUGUACAUGAUGAAGUUGAUGAAGAAGGAAUACAGCGUGACCUGGAAGAGGGUGAUAAAGGAACAGAAACGGCAGAAGUCGAGGCGGAAAUUAUGAAUGCAGAAUGAUCUUUGCAUCCUGUGCAUGUCGAACUCAGUCACUCCCACAAAUCUAUUCAACACAAUUUCAUUGACACACAUUAAGUAAUGUAUAUCCUCACCUCACCAUUUUCACCGAGCUUCAUACAUUUUAUUUGGUAAAGGAAUAGUUUGCAAACCAUUGGGGACAUACUUAUUUACUUUCUUUGCUUGAGUUAAAGUAAAAAAUGAUCAAACUGAAUUACAUGGUAAACUUGUUUGUCAGUUAUUCGCAUUUAAAACUCAAAGAAAGCAAAUAAAUGUAUUUCCUAAUAUGUCAAACAUUCCUGCUAAAAUUUGUGCUCCUCUGUUUGUUAUUGUAGUUUAGAUUUAGUUGUUUAGAGAUUGUCAUGAGUACCGUAAAGCUGGGUUAUGUUGUUUUUAUUUUUAUUAUGUUUAUUUUAGUUUACACAGUUCCAUAGUUUUUGUCUGUUGCCCGUAUUAAUGAUGGUUAAGUAAUUUUCCAAGGAUCUGGUAAAAUUUCAAACGGAGAAUUUUGUAUUCUAUAGAUUGGGACAUAAUGGAGGGACCCACAUAGGAAAAGCGUGAUGUAAACAAUAUGGAUACAUGUCAUGUAAAACUUUGUUGGACCCUGAAUAAAGAAUACAAGGUGAUCAAUAA